CUCUCCCGGCCCAUCUAUUUUUAAUGAGCUCCCCAGGCUUCUGCAGCGGGCAGAACGCAAAAAGGCAGGCCCACGCGGUGGAGGCUGGAGGCCUCAGCCCUGCCUUGAGCCCUGGCCCCCCUACCCUUCUGGGAAUGAGAGGGCAGCCUUGGGGCCCUGCAGCCCCCCAGCCGGGCAGGGCUCUCCAUGCAGCUGGUGCUGAAGAUGGAUCCGAGCCCAGACAAUGACAGCUGGUUGGAGGAUCAGUGGGAGCGCUGGCUCACCCAUGACAUCAGCCUGGAGGAGUUUGAGGAUGAAGACCUCUCAGAGAUCACUGAUGAGUGUGGCAUCAGCCUGCAGUGCAAAGACACCCUGUCCUUACGGCCCCCGCGCGCCGGGCUGCUGUCUGCGGGUGGCGGCGGUGCGGGCAGCCGGCUGCAGGCCGAGAUGCUGCAGAUGGACCUGAUCGACGCAGCGGGGGACACUCCCGGCGCCGAGGACGACGAGGAGGAUGACGACGAGGAGCGUGCGGAGCGGCGACCGGCAACGGGGCCGCCCCAGCCCGAGCCCGGCCAGGAGCCGGCGCCCCGCGGCCAGGGCCAGGGCCAGGGCCCGGGCAGCGGGGACACGUACCGGCCCAAGCGGCCCACCACGCUCAACCUCUUCCCGCAGGUGCCGCGGUCUCAGGACACGCUGAAUAAUAAUUCUCUAGGCAAGAAGCACAGUUGGCAGGAUCGGGUGUCCCAGUCAUCCUCACCCCUGAAAACAGGGGAACAGACACCUCCACAUGAACACAUCUGCCUGAGCGAUGAGCUGCCACCCCAGAGCAGCCCUGCCUCCACCAAGGAUCGAGGUACCUCCACCGACAGCCCUUGCCGCCGCAGCACUGCCACCCAGAUGGCGCCUCCAGGUGGCCCCCCUGCUGCUCCACCUGGUGGCCGGGGCCACUCACAUCGAGACCGAAUCCACUACCAGGCAGACGUGCGGCUAGAGGCCACUGAGGAGAUCUACCUGACACCAGUGCAGAGGCCCCCAGACCCUGUAGAGCCCACCUCUGCCUUCUUGCCACCUGCUGAGAGCCGGAUGUCAGUCAGCUCCGAUCCAGACCCUACCACCUACUCCUCAGCAGCAGGGCGGCCACACCCCUCCAUCAGUGAGGAGGAUGAGGGCUUCGACUGCCUGUCAUCCCCCGAGCGGGCUGAGCCACUGGGUGGAGGAUGGCGGGGCAGCCUGGGGGAGCCGCCGCCACCUCCACGGGCCUCGCUGAGCUCGGACACCAGCGCCCUGUCCUACGACUCGGUCAAGUACACGCUGGUGGUGGAUGAGCACGCACAGCUGGAGCUGGUGAGCCUGCGGCCAUGCUUUGGAGACUACAGCGAUGAGAGUGACUCAGCCACUGUCUACGACAACUGUGCCUCCGCCUCCUCGCCCUAUGAGUCGGCCAUCGGUGAGGAAUACGAGGAGGCACCCCGGCCCCGGCCUCCUGCCUGCCUCUCCGAGGACUCGACACCUGAUGAACCCGACGUCCACUUCUCCAAGAAGUUCCUGAACGUCUUUAUGAGUGGCCGCUCUCGCUCCUCCAGUGCCGAGUCCUUUGGGCUGUUCUCCUGUGUCAUCAACGGGGAAGAACAGGAGCAGACCCACAGGGCCAUAUUCAGGUUUGUGCCUCGACAUGAAGACGAACUUGAGCUGGAAGUGGACGACCCUCUGCUGGUGGAGCUGCAGGCUGAAGACUACUGGUAUGAGGCCUACAACAUGCGCACUGGCGCCCGGGGUGUCUUUCCUGCCUACUACGCCAUCGAGGUCACCAAGGAGCCUGACCACAUGGCAGCGCUGGCCAAAAACAGCGAUUGGGUGGAUCAGUUCUGGGUGAAGUUCCUGGGCUCAGUUCAGGUUCCCUAUCACAAGGGCAAUGACGUCCUCUGUGCCGCUAUGCAAAAGAUUGCCACCACCCGCCGGCUCACCGUGCACUUUAACCCACCCUCCAGCUGUGUCCUAGAGAUCAGCGUGCGGGGUGUGAAGAUAGGUGUCAAGGCCGAUGACUCCCAGGAGGCCAAGGGGAAUAAAUGUAGCCACUUUUUCCAGUUAAAAAACAUCUCCUUUUGUGGAUACCAUCCAAAGAACAACAAGUACUUUGGGUUCAUCACCAAGCACCCUGCUGACCACCGGUUUGCCUGCCACGUCUUUGUGUCUGAAGACUCCACCAAAGCCCUGGCGGAAUCCGUGGGGAGAGCGUUUCAGCAGUUCUACAAGCAGUUUGUGGAGUACACCUGCCCCACAGAAGAUAUCUACCUGGAAUAGCAGUGCUGCCCCGCCCUCUGCACCCUCAGUUCUGGGCCAGGACAGCUGGCUGCUGGCAGGAUGUGGCACAGCUUGAAGGGGCACCCACCACCACCACAGGACGGGGAAGUGGGGGCCGUUGGCCCAGGGUGGGGGAGGGCGGGGGUUAUGGGGAGAGGCAAAUGCAGCUUAUUGUAACAUAUGGGAUUAGGUUCAUCUAUGGAGGACAGAGUGGGCUGCCCGGGGAUCGGGAGGGGCAGGGCUGCUGGGCUGUCAGGACUCUGGCUGUGAAGGAUGUCCACUCUGGGAGCGGGGUGGGGCUGCUCUGUCCUGGGCCUUACUUCCCCUGCCAGGGGCUCUGGCUCUCUGGCUCUUAGCUCCUGUCUUGAUAAAGCCCAUGCCACCUACAAGUGCCCCCCCCCUUUGCCCCCAUCCCCGACCCCCAUGGAAGAGCCCUGAGCUCACCUCCAGAGGACUUUCCAGGAAGGAAAUGGCAACAGGUGGAGGCACAGUACCUGUUCUCAGCUCUAUCAUUUGUGGGGCCUCUGGAUGGCUCACACCUCCACCCUCACCGGCAUGCAGGCCCGUGGCAGGCUUAGGACCUCAACGGGGAAGGAGAGAGCUGCAGCAGGGCCCCACCCAGGCAGGAAAAGGCGGCUUCCUGACUGGCCCAGGCCAGCCCCAUCCUGGGCCUGUCGCCCUGGCCACAACUAUUAAAGUGCCAUUUCCUGUCUGGAC